AUGGUAACCGCAUGUCAUAGCGCCCUCGUAAAUGUCGCAAUAGAUAGUCUCAUAUGCGGAUUCUUGAUACACAUAUGUUGUCAAAUUGAGAUCUUGGAAUAUCGCCUAAAAAAAUUUUUGGACAACCAAUUUAUUCUGAGUUAUUGCAUAUGCCAUCAUAAUCGAAUUUUUGAGUUUGCGCAGAUAGUGAAUAUAAAAUUUACCAAAAUAAUCGGAUUUCAAUUUAUGGCGAGUAUGAUGAUAUUUUGCUCAAAUUUGUAUCAACUGACUAAAUCAACUUUAAACGCGGAUCAUUUUUCGUUAAUUCUAUACACAGGCUGUAUGUUAACGCAGAUAUUUAUUUAUUGCUGGUUUGGAAACAAAGUCAAAUUAAAGAGUCUUCAAUUACUAGAUAGUAUUUUUCAAAUGGAGUGGCCAGUCGUGGACAAUAGUGUACAAAAGAGCUUAUUAAUAAUUAUGAAACGUGCAAUGAUACCCAUUGAAAUUUCUACUGUAUAUGUCCUGACCAUGAAUCUGGAUUCCUUUGUAACGUUGCUUAAAACCUCAUAUUCUGUUUAUAAUUUACUAACGCAAGUGCAAUAA